UUGGUGGGAGGAGACAGUCGUUGUGCAGGAACACUGGAGCUGAAACAUGAACGACACUGGAGACCAGUAGAGGGCUAUUACUGGACCCUGAAGACAACAUCUGUUGCCUACUCUGUCAGGCUGGUGGAUGGGUCUAGUCUGUGCUCAGGUAGACUGGAGGUGAAGUCCAACCAGAGUUGGUCCUCAGUGUGUGAAGAUGACUUUGACCAGCAGGAUGCAGAGGUGGUCUGUAGGGAGCUUGGCUGUGGGGCUCCUUCAGUCCUCCAGGGGGCGCUCUAUGGAGAAGUGGAGGCUCCAAUGUGGACCAAAGAGUUCCAGUGUGGAGGCCAAGAGUCUGCUCUCCUGGACUGUAGAAGCUCAGGCUCAGAUAGAAACACCUGCUCACCUGGUAAAGCUGUUGGACUCACCUGCUCAGAACCUGUCAGGUUGGUGGGAGGAGCCAGUCGUUGUGCAGGAACACUGGAGGUGAAACAUCAAGGAGACUGGAGACCAGUACAUGGCUAUGACUGGACCCUGAAGGCAGCAUCUGUUGCCUGUAGAGAUCUGGACUGUGGCUUUGCUGUUUCUGUAGGAGAGAGAGAGGAGUCCUCAGGGAGAUCUGUGUGGAGGAUCAACUCUGACUGUCUUCAUUCUGGAUCUACUCUGAGGGAGUGUUUAACAUCAUAUUCCUCUUCCUUCAUCCUGAAUCUCACCUGCUCAGACUCUGUCAGGCUGGUGGAUGGGUCUAGUCUGUGCUCAGGUAGACUGGAGGUGAAGUCCAACCAGAGGUGGUCCUCAGUGUGUGAAGAUGACUUUGACCAGCAGGAUGCAGAGGUGGUCUGUAGGGAGCUUGGCUGUGGGGCUCCUUCAGUCCUCCAGGGGGCGCUCUAUGGAGAAGUGGAGGCUCCAAUGUGGACCAAAGAGUUCCAGUGUGGAGGCCAAGAGUCUGCUCUCCUGGACUGUAGAAGCUCAGGCUCAGAUAGAAACACCUGCUCACCUGGUAAAGCUGUUGGACUCACCUGCUCAGAACCUGUCAGGUUGGUGGGAGGAGCCAGUCGCUGUGCAGGAACACUGGAGGUGAAACAUCAAGGAGACUGGAAACCAGUAGAUGGCUCUGACUGGAACCUGAAGGCAGCAUCUGUAGUCUGUAGAGAUCUGGACUGUGGCUCUGCUGUUUCUGUAGGAGAGAGAGAGGAGUCCUCAGGGAGAUCUAUGUGGAGGAUCAACUCUCUCUGUGUUCAUUCUGGAUCUGCUCUGAGGGAAUGUUCAACAUCAACUUCCUAUUCCUCCAUCCUGGAUCUCACCUGCUCAGACUCUGUCAGGCUGGUGGAUGGGUCUAGUCUGUGCUCAGGUAGACUGGAGGUGAAGUCCAACCAGAGUUGGUCCUCAGUGUGUGAAGAUGACUUUGACCAGCAGGAUGCAGAGGUGGUCUGUAGGGAGCUUGGCUGUGGGGCUCCUUCAGUCCUCCAGGGGGCGCUCUAUGGAGAAGUGGAGGCUCCAAUGUGGACCAAAGAGUUCCAGUGUGGAGGCCAAGAGUCUGCUCUCCUGGACUGUAGAAGCUCAGGCUCAGAUAGAAACACCUGCUCACCUGGUAAAGCUGUUGGACUCACCUGCUCAGAACCUGUCAGGUUGGUGGGAGGAGCCAGUCGCUGUGCAGGAACACUGGAGGUGAAACAGGGAGACUGGAAACCAGUACAUGGCUCUGGCUGGACCCUGAAGGCAGCAUCUGUAGCCUGUAGAGAUCUGGACUGUGGCUCUGCUGUUUCUGUAGAACGGAGAGAGGAGUCCUCAGGGAGAUCUAUGUGGUUGAUCAACUCUCUCUGUGUUCAUUCUGGAUCUGCUCUGAGGGAAUGUUCAACAUCAUAUUCCUCUUACUCCAUCCUGGAUCUCACCUGCUCAGACUCUGUCAGGCUGGUGGAUGGGACUAGUCUGUGCUCAGGUAGACUGGAGGUGAAGUCCAACCAGAGUUGGUCCUCAGUGUGUGAAGAUGACUUUGACCAGCAGGAUGCAGAGGUGGUCUGUAGGGAGCUUGGCUGUGGGGCUCCUUCAGUCCUCCAGGGGGCGCUCUAUGGAGAAGUGGAGGCUCCAAUGUGGACCAAAGAGUUCCAGUGUGGAGGCCAAGAGUCUGCUCUCCUGGACUGUAGAAGCUCAGGCUCAGAUAGAAACACCUGCUCACCUGGUAAAGCUGUUGGACUCACCUGCUCAGAACCUGUCAGGUUGGUGGGAGGAGCCAGUCGCUGUGCAGGAACACUGGAGGUGAAACAUCAAGGAGACUGGAAACCAGUAGAUGGCUCUGACUGGAACCUGAAGGCAGCAUCUGUUGCCUGUAGAGAUCUGGACUGUGGCUCUGCUGUUUCUGUAGGAGAGAGAGAGGAGUCCUCAGGGAGAUCUAUGUGGAGGAUCAACUCUCUCUGUGUUCAUUCUGGAUCUGCUCUGAGGGAAUGUUCAACAUCAUGGUCCUCUUCCUCCAUCCUGGAUCUCACCUGCUCAGGUAAGCCCAUCAUGAACUGAACACAGGACUGUGCUGUCAUGUCUCUCCAGGCCAGAAGGGGGAGGAAGCCGGGCAGACGGGAGAACAUUGAGCUGGAUGAGUUUAACCUGGGUGUUCCUGCAGAUGAAGAAGGAGCUCAGGGAGCAGAGUAG